AUGGCGAGGCCGUUCCUGGCGGCGAAAACUCCUGUCGCACCGCCACGCAUCCACAGGCCCCUCGUAGCGGCGGCGCUGGCGAGUCUGGAGUCGCUCUUGCCGCUGCACAGCGCGGUGGCCGCCGCGCGGCUGCGGUCCUUUUGCAUCGCCGCCGACUCCGCGUGCUGGAGCUGCCUCUCCCAAGGUUUGACCAAGCGCAUCUGA